CCUAUUGCAGAUAUUCUAUCACAUGACAAUUUCCAAACGUCCCAACGUGCAAUUCGUUUGCAAAAUGGCCGCCUCCAUAAGGGUGUCCAGGUUACUGGCUGAUCAGGGACUUCUGGCCCUCCUCAACCCAGCACGGCUAGCAUCACCUGGUCUGGUGCUUCCUGUAAGGACGAAGAAAAGAUACUUCAUUCCACCAGCUGUAGGUGUAAAACACAAAACUAUGAACGAGAUGAUGAACAAAGCUCGGGCAGCCGGGAUUGUUGCACCCCAUGAAAUUCCAGAACGGCCUAUAACUGUUUCAUGCACAGCUGGUAUCUUUGACCCAUAUGUGCCCCCUGAGGGAGAUGCCCGUCUGUCUUCUCUAUCAAAAGAAGGUCUGAAACAGAGAACAGAGCAGCUCAAACAGACAGCAGCCUCUCAGCUGGCAAUCCGGAAAAUUAAGGAGUAUGACAGUGGCUUCAGUACAAAGACCUUUCCAGAGAAAGCACAAGAAAUCUUCGUUGCAGCACAUGAGUGUCUGACACAGUUUGACCGUCACAAGCUGCAUGCGCUGGUAACUGAGAGAUGCUAUCCUGAGAUGGUGCGGGGUAAUAGAUAUAAAACAAUCCGUUGGAGAUUUGUGGAGUCCUUGGAGCCUCCACGUGUGGUUCAGAUCCGGUGUCCUGAGAUGGUUACCAAGGGGAACCUGUAUGGACAAGUCACUGUACGCAUGCAUACCAAACAGUCUCUGGUGAUCUAUGAUCGAUUUGGGCGUGUGAUGUGUGGGAAGGAUGAGCCUCGGGAUGUGUUGGAGUAUGUCGUGUUUGAGCGCCACAUGGUGAAUCCAUAUGGAGCGUGGAGGAUGCAUGGAAAGAUUGUUCCUGCUUGGGCUCCACCCAAAGAGCCCAUUUUAAAGACGGUGCUAAUACCAGGUCCUACCCUAACCCCACAGCAAGAACUGUAUGAGUUGAGUCAGAAGGGACCAGUGCCUCCAGCUCAGCAGUGGUACAAAUAAUGGAAUAUUCAUUGUCUGCCACUAUGGACUGCAACUUUAGUUCUCCCAACAGCCAGCACCACAAAAUCUAUACUUUGUCUCUUCAAGUUCCUACUGCCGAGCAAACCUCUACCAACCUGGCUUCAGUUAUAUGAGUUGACCUUGAGACCAUUACAGGCAUCUUUGUUAACAGAUCUGCCUGUGCUGAGGAAACAAACUUUUCUACCAAUACAGCAGUGACAGUUGUCCUAGUAAACCUCUAAAUGACAGUAUCAGUUUUGCAUACAUGCUUUUCAUGUAUAUUAAUUUCUAUAUAAAGUUACAGCUUUCACUUUUUCAUAUCAGCAAAAAAAGUGUGUGUUUGUGCUACUCUUUCUUUUGUACAAAAAAAAAUUGUUAUGUUCAGUUUGCUAAAUAAUUAUUUCAGAAAGUUUGGAUAAAAAAAUGUAUAGUAGUUUUGAACUUCUCCGUAGAGAUGAAUAUUCUGUAGACAGAUUUUAGGGACAUCUCUAAAGAAUUAAGGGACGAAUUCACAAUAAUUAAGUAACUAAACCCUAUACACUCAGCCAAAAAUAACCCCCUGCCUUUCAUGCAGAAUUUAAAGGGACAUGAAACACUUAUCAUUUAUUUAUUUAUUUUUAUAAAGAGCAUGCAAUUUUAAACAACUUUCUAAUUUACUUCUAUUAUCUAAUUUGCUUCAUUCUCUUGAUAUCAUUUGAUGAAAAGCAUAUCUAGAUAGGCUUGGUGGCUGCACAUAGAUGCCUCGUGUGAUUGGCUCAACUAUGUGCAUUGCUAUUUUUUCAGCAAAGGAUAUCUAAAGAAUGAAGCAAAUUAGAUAAUAGAAGCAAAUUGGAAUGUUGUUUAUAAUUGUAUUCUCUAUCUGAAUCAUGAACCUUACACGGUGUCCUGCAGCAGGGCAUGUUUGGUACCUUACUGCAUUUUAGGAUACUAUGGCUUUCUGCAUAGAAAUAUCAGCAAGUAUAGUACCUAUACUUUACAAUAUACUAAGGAGACUACACAUGGGAAAGUGGAACAAUAUUAAGCAGCCUUGCAGUGGAUCACAGACCGUCUGAGCAGCUGACAAGUUUACAGAUUGUGUAUACAAGCGGCACUUACCUCAUAUGAUUGAGGUAAUUUUGAGUAAGUAGGUAUUCUACUUAUUUUAAGCAUGUUGACUGGGAAUUUGGAAUUCAUCUUUUUUGCACGUGGGAUACCUUGGGAUCAACGUUCUUUUAUUCUCAAUAAAAGUAGGACUGUU